CAACAACAGCUGCAGACACAACAACCACAGCAGCUGAGACUACAACAACAGCGGCUGAGACUACAACAGACACAACAACCACAGCAGCCGAGACUACAACAACAGCUGCAGACA